AGAAGAGAGUAACCCCAGUUCAUCGCUUCCAGAUCUGCUCCGCCCAAGCCAUGAACAUCUUCAAGAAGAAGACAUCACCCAAAGAUGCACUGAGAACGAGCAAAAGAGAAAUGGCUGUCGCCACUCGUGGUAUUGAGCGUGAAAUCGCAUCCUUACAAAUGGAGGAGAAGAAAUUGGUGGCGGAGAUUAAGAAAACUGCUAAAAUCGGGAACGAGGCUGCCACCAAGAUAUUAGCUCGCCAGCUUGUUCGUCUUCGACAACAAAUAACGAAUUUGCAGGGAAGCCGUGCGCAGAUCAGAGGCGUAGCAACUCAUACACAGGCUUUGUAUGCCAACACUUCAAUAUCAACCGGAAUGAAAGGUGCAACGAAAGCAAUGGUUGCCAUGAACAAGGAAAUGGCACCUGCAAAACAAGCUAAAGUGAUCAAAGAAUUCCAGACGCAGUCAGCUCAGCUGGAUAUGACGAUUGAGAUGAUGUCCGAGUCCAUUGAUGAAACUUUAGACAAAGACGAGGCUGAAGAGGAAACAGAGGAGCUUACAAAUCAGGUGCUUGAUGAGAUUGGUGUAGGCAUCGCAUCACAGUUAUCAUCUGCUCCAAAAGGUCGAAUCGGGCCCAAGAAGGUUGAUAAUGCUGUCCCAAGUUCUGUAUCGAACGAUGUUGAUGAUCUUGAAAAGAGACUUGCCUCUCUUCGACGCAUAUGAUAUGGGAAACAUUGCAUACAGGAUCACUCUAGUUUGGUGAGGAUCGGAAGUCUAUUUUCUAUGUAUAGGUAUCUUGUAUCGUAUCUUUACUAUUAUAUAUUAUAUCGACACCGAAAUUCUUUGCUA